ACAGUGCGCAGCGCCGUGGCAGCGCCUAAGUGGUAUAAAACGAGAAUCUACAAUUCCUGUCUCGGUAUUUUCCGCUCCAAAAAUAUGCAAACAAUUCAAUAUUCCGAUGGGAUUUGAAAUUUGAGUGUCAAAGGAAUAUUAUACUAGCGAGUCUCUUGAUUCGUUUGAUUUUGUAUUUAUAAAAACAAUCGUAGUAUCUCAAAUCUAUAUAUCACAAAGUUGUCAUAACCUCAUUAUAUCAUCAAGAAUAUUUGUGUGCAAAAAAAUGACAGUAAAAAACAGUGGAAAUAGGUAAUGAAAAAAUGGUGCGUUAUCAAUAUAUUGAUCUUCCGAUAUGAUUCAUUCCCAUUAACGCAGAAAUACAACUAUUUGAUAAAAUGUUUCUAAAAUGAAUGGAUAAAAAUAAUGCCAGGAACCCAUUAAAACCGACAGAUUGAUAAAAUACGUAAUAGAUGAGAACUAUAUGCAUGGUUCUUUAAAAUUUACCACAUAGAAAAAAUCAUUGAAGUUGUAAAAUAAUGUAAAAUGAAGUGAACAAAGGAAAUGAGUGACAAUAUGGGUCGUUUACGAGGUCGUACAUCAUUGACAAUCAUUCUUAUGAUAAUAUUUGCUCUUCUUGUACUGACAUAUCAUUUAUUGAGCAGCGAAGUAGAAGAAACUCCAAUUGCAAAGAUCAAUGGGCGUGUCGAAGUUGAAAAUGCUUAUCAGUUGUCAGACUUGACCGAGACUUCGUUGGAAAUGCAGAGGAGACAUCAGUUCGAAGCUCAUUUAGUAGGGCGAUGGAAAAAUGGGGAGGUAAGACAAGAUUUUCAUGAUCUGAAAUACAAUGGGGAGCCGAAGAACAACGAACUUUUUAAAGGUCACAAAAUAGUUCAUCUGGAUUUAAAAGGAGCACCUCCAAUUUUUUCAUUCUAUAAAGAACUGUUAAGUUUACUGAGGAGCCUCGGAGCUACUGGAAUUUUACUGGAAUACGAAGACAUGUUUCCUUUCUCUGGAGAAAUUGAAAAUAUUUCAGCUACAAACAGUUAUAGUAAAGCAGAAAUCAAAGAGAUUCAGAGGCUAGCCAAAGAGAAUAACUUGAUUGUGAUACCACUGGUUCAAACGUUUGGUCAUUUGGAGUUUGUUCUCAAACUGGACAAGUUCAAGGAUUACCGGGAAGUUUUUCGGUAUCCUCAAGUCAUCUGCCCAACUUACAACAAAACUUUGUCACUGAUUUACCAAAUAAUUGAUCAAGUUGCCGAAGCACAUCCGGAAGCUGAACACUUGCACAUCGGUGCUGACGAAGUUUACAACUUAGGCGAGUGUCCGAGAUGCACGGAGACAAUGACCAGGAACCAUUGGAGCAAGCGACAAUUGUUUCUCAGUCACGUGGCCAAAGUCGUCCGUUAUGUGAAAAAAAAAUAUCCUCACCUUACUAUACUAAUGUGGGAUGAUGAAUUUCGUGAUAUUUCUCCUCAGGAAAUACGUGAAAGCAGCUUACAUCGCUUGGUUGAACCUGUUGUCUGGAAAUACACCACCGAUCCGGCGGCUGCUCUGACUGAUCAACUGUGGGAAAGCUACGCCUCUGUCUGGCCAGCUAUUUGGAUCGCAACUGCUUUCAAAGGUGCCACCGAACCUGACCGAUAUUACACUGACAUUUCCUAUCACCUGGAAAAUCAUCAGCGGUGGCUCGAAAUCAUCAGCAAAUAUUCCCAUCGAAUUCAUUUCCGUGGGGCCAUCCUAACGGGAUGGCAAAGAUACGACCAUUUCAGUGUUCUCUGCGAACUUUUGGCCACUGCCAUCCCCUCUCUUGCUGUCAAUCUCGCUGUUCUACACAGCUCCACUCUCACCAAUUUUCCUAUGGAAAUUCCUCAUCACGUUGCCAAAAUUCUUCAAUGCGAUUCCUCUGUCUCCCUCAGCAUUCCUGAACCCCAAUAUGGAUGGACCCGGUGCAACUUUCACGGUGUUAAAGUUUAUGCUGCUACUCUCAGGCUCUACACCCUCCAACAAGAGAUCGCCAGGAUGGAACUGGAUAACACUUUUAAAGGAUGGCUCAAGCCCUACAACGUUAAACACUCCUUCUCCAGCCCCACUUACGUUGAACGCGCUGUCCUUGAACUCGACAGAUACAAAAUGGAAAUUAUGUACAUCGAGAGAGAAAUCCGCGAAGCUAUGGACGGCAUUUACGACUCUUACACCAUCGAUGAAUGGCUUGAAACUUACGUUGCACCUCUCAAUGACAAAGUCACCAAAUUGUGGGAUGCCAAAGAAAAAAUUCUGGACAAAUACGAGUGGCCGCGUAGACCUAUUGCCAAAAAUGAAUUGUAGGCAUUUCGAUGUUGUCAAAUUUUAUGCAGGAUGUCUCGUUCAGCUCAUCGAAAUUGGCUGAUAUUUAUUUCAAUUUUUAUAUACAAAACACUCAAAUUUUAAUCUGUUUCCAUUAAGUUUUAUUCAUGAAAUAACGAAAACGAGAAAUUUUAUUAACCAGAUGAAUUUCUUUCGUUUGAUCAUAAUUCAACGCAUAAGCCAUCGAGAAUGACUAGUUUGGAAAAAUGGCAGUUCAUUUUAACAUUAAAAUCAAUCCUGACGAUCAAUUUCAGAUAAAUUCAUUGAAAGUCAGAAUUAGCCCUUGGCUGAUAUUGUUGAGAAUCAAUAUCAUGUGACAAUAUUUUGAUGGAUGAAUAAGAGAGACAUUCUGAAACGAGCUUUCCCCGAUAAUAUCUUCCCAACUAUUCUUCCAUUAAAUGAUGCUCCAUAGAAACAGCAAUAAUAAUGCGUACGAGCAUCCGCCGCGCACACUUUUUAGACGUAAAGAAUUUGAUUAUUUCGUCGUUGGCAAGAAGAUGGAAGCAAAAAUCUUACUUCCAUCGCGUGAGUAAAAGACGAAACGUAAUGAAAUCAAACCAAGUGAAUCAUUUAGAAAUUCGAAGAAAAAAUUUGGAAAACUCGAACAAGGACGUAAAAUGAUAUCGAAGAGAUUUUCGAUAAGACUGUUUUCGGAAUGAAAAGAGAACAAAAAUGCAAUGAAAUUUAGACCGGCGACGUUUCAUGCUCAAAUAUAGCAUUUUUUUAUUUUCUAGUGAAUUAAGAAAAUAAAUGAUGAUAAAAAUGCACAUUAAACACGAAAACAAUCGAUGGAAAACAGGAAAUAAAAUUAGAGCGACGUGCAAGUUAUACAAAGCUAUAGAUUAAGCAACAAUUUUGUUUUUUUUUUUUUUUUUUUUACUUUUCAUAAUAUAUACUACCAUUUUGGCGAAUCAAUAAUGAUUGUACAAUAUUCAAAAAACGUCAAUUCCCUCGCGUUAUGUAUGAUAGAUGUAAUGGAAGGUAUUGAGACUUCGAUCGAGUCCAUCGAUCGAUGGAAAAGUCAUUUUGAAAAUAAUAGGGAGAAAAAAAACAAAGAAAUUGUGAUACAUGUGAACUGGAGAAACAUUGAUUUUGAUGGACGAAAAAAGAAGAUCGUUGCGACUAGAGAAAGAAAAAUGAUAGAGUCGAUUUCGUUAUUUCGCAAAGAUCCAAAUAAGACCCACGAAACACGUAUGACGAAUGGAAAAAAGGUGAAAUAUAUUUGCAAUUUCUUGAGACAGCAGAUUUAUAUCUUGAAAAAAAAAGGGGAAACGAUCAUAUUUAUAAAACUUGGACGUAUCGUUUUAUUAGUCGUUGAUUUUGUUAAUGCAAAAAUAUAAGAAAAUUUCCCAAAUAUAAUCGUUACGCAGUUUUGUAAAACGGAAAUGUAGCCCGUAACAUCGUUAUCGUAGUUGUUAAAAAUUUCAUUAUCUCCACAUCGAAUUUCCUGACAGUUUGUCAAUGAAACUUGUCUCGUGUGAGUAUUUUUUUCGAACAAUCGUGAGAAAAUAAUUGUUUGUCUCUCGGAAUAAACCUCACGAAAAUGAAUGAUUUAAUUUGUUACACAAAUAUUCGACGAUGUUUUCUCGUCUGUCGAAGAUAAGGCACUGUUGAUUUACACGCACGCAUAUAUAAACGUAUGAAAUUCUUCAA